GUUUGAGGGUGCGCGUCUGUCGUCGGUGCUGGCUGGAGCCCAAAGUUUUCGAAACGAGCCGCGUUCAGCUCAGUUUAGAUCUAGACUCGGUCUAGUGCGGUUUGGUUGCUUUUUUCGUUCGCCAAUUUUGCAACGGAAGUUGCCCACCUGAAAGUGUGUGGUUCGCUGCUUUCGCUGAAUCGGUUCGAUUGGGUUGGAUUAAUUUGCAGGCAGGACUUUGGGGGAGUGCAAAGCGUGUGCUAGCAGUGCUUGAGUGAUAGAGGUUUCCUGAAGUGUCUAGUGUUGGGGUUUGAUUCGAGCAACUGGCGUAAAGAUAAAGCAGUUGAUUCGGUUUGCAGUGAAGGGCAAAUAUAAUAAGGGUUGCUGAUAAAAAAAAUUCCAAAUCACAGCGUGAAGCCAUCUCGCCACAAACUCGUAAAAAGUGCCUCCAAACAGUUGAUCCGAGCGAAACGAGAAACGCACCCACUUCCACACCGGAACCAUGCGCCAAGGUGGCCGGAUAGACCGUUUUUGGAUUGCCCUGACGCGCAAAAAACGUAACGAAGAUGACGGAAGUGAUUCCCAGCUGGCGCGUGUCCUCUCGCUGCUGGAUCUGACCGGACUGGGGGUGGGAAGUACUCUUGGGUUGGGAGUGUACGUUCUGGCCGGAUCGGUGGCCUACGAGCAAGCUGGACCUGCCGUUGUCAUUUCGUUCCUGGUGGCGGCCGUUGCCUCGGCCAUCGCUGCCCUGUGCUAUGCAGAGUUUGCCGCGCGAGUUCCGAAGGCCGGAUCCGCCUACAUCUACAGUUACGUCAGUAUCGGCGAGUUUGCGGCCUUUACGAUAGGAUGGAACCUUAUUUUGGAAUAUGUCAUAGGCACAUCCAGCGUAGCCCGUGGCAUGAGUGGCUACAUCGACGAGCUUGCCGGCAAGAAAAUCAGCACCGCCCUGAAGGAAACCAUGGGCAUGAACGUGGACUUCCUUUCCGACUAUCCAGACUUUUUCUCCUUCGUGGUGGUUUUGAUCCUGGCCGCUCUACUCGCGUAUGGCGUUAAAGAAUCCACGCUGAUGAACAACAUCUUUACCGGGGUGAACUUGUGCGUCAUCGCGAUCGUGCUGGUUGCCGGUGGAAUGAACUGUGAUCCGGCUAACUGGAUGAUCAAACCAGAGGACAUCCCGAAGGGCAUAGAUGCCGGUGUGGGAGGCUUUGCGCCCUAUGGAUUUGCGGGUAUAAUGGCCGGAGCUGCGAAAUGUUUCUACGGUUUUGUAGGAUUCGAUUGCAUAGCCACCACUGGAGAGGAAGCCAAGAACCCAAGCCGCAACAUUCCGCUGGCUAUCGUGAUCUCUCUGAUCAUCAUUUUCCUGGCCUAUUUUGGUAUCUCAACGGUUCUGACGAUGGCGUUGCCAUACUACCUCCAGAAUCCGGACGCACCCUUUCCACAUCUGUUCGAGCAGCUUGAGUGGCAUGCGAUCAAGUGGAUAGUGUCGAUCGGAGCCAUCUUCGCGCUGUGCACAAGUUUGCUCGGAGCUAUGUUCCCCCUGCCACGUGUUCUCUACGCCAUGUCUACCGAUGGAAUCAUCUACAAGAAGCUGCGGACGGUUCAUCCGAAGACCCAAACUCCCGUAUUGGCGACGAUUUUGGCUGGACUACUGGCCGCUACUAUGGCGAUGUUGUUCAACCUACAACAGCUGAUCGACAUGAUGUCGAUCGGUACUCUGUUGGCCUACACGAUCGUUGCCGUUAGCGUUCUGGUGCUGAGGUACGAGGAUCAAACGCUGAUGCAGAGCGCAACCGUUACGAUACCGAACGUGUUCCGACAGGUGUUCAACGUGGACAAGCUCAAAAGCCCGACCACGUUGUCGUCGAGUAUUGUGAAGUUCGGCAUUUGUAUAUUUGCCUUACUGGUGUGUGCCGUCUGUACAAUAUUGGUGUUAGCAACGGACGAACUCUCAGCGGAAUAUCCCGGAACGCUCGCUGCCAUUUCCGUGCUGGGGGCCUGCAUGGUGUUCCUGAUCAUAGUGACCGCCCUUCAGCCGACGGAGAACACCAAGUUAACGUUCAAAGUUCCUCUGGUUCCGCUACUGCCCAUGCUGAGUGUGUUCUUCAACCUGUAUCUGAUGUUCCAGCUGGACGCCGGAACGUGGGUCCGAUUCGCCGUAUGGAUCGUGAUCGGUUACCUGAUCUACUUCACGUACGGAAUCAAACAUUCCGUGGAAGGUGCGAUUGCCAAGCAGGCAGCCGUCAACGGAAAUGGAAUUACCAUCGUCAAGAACGGAAUCGACAACAAUGCUUUUGAUGGGAGCAAUGACAAAUUCGUAUCGACAGUCCCGGCCGAGAAUCCCCGGAAGAGUUCCAAGAAUUCGUACUCACUCAACAAUGAAUAGCUAGGGGGCGGAGCAUCCCAGCAAGAGGCAUUUUCGUACACUUGACGAUAUUUAGCGGUUAAGUACAAAAACGGGGGUGAGACAUUUCGCAUAAAGACGUUAUGUAUAAGGACAUUUCGCAUAAUUUUAAGUGUGGACGUUUCACAUAAUGGACAUUAUAUGGCUUCAUCAAAACGCUUCCUGUUCUUGUAUAAAACUGCUUUAUGCGAAACGUCCAUAAUUCCAAACGGUCUUUAUGUGAAAUGGGCCACCACCGGACAAAACAACCAAGAGAGUAUGUUAGAUUUUUGUUAAUAUCAGCUCUCUCAAAUCGAUUUUACUUUGAUCAGGAGCGUUUGCGAACAUUUGAUUGGCCGGCAGGAUGUUUCAUGUGUAUUAUAGAGGUUAGGAUUCAUAGUAUUUCUUACAUUGUUAAAAAAAACACUACCAGACUAGAUAGGAACCAGACAACACUUAGUGAUAUUUUCAAAGGUCCUGCCCCUCGUCAGUCUGGUCACGGUCGAAAGAAGAAAGUCCAGUUCGCUCACCCGAUACAGUAAUUUGUGAAGGCGAAACAGAAACAAUGCUUGUGAUAAAACAGAAUUUAGUGGUACGAUUUUUAUUUUAUCAAUCUAAUCGAUAAAUCAAGACAAUAUUUUAAGCCAGGAAAAAAGGUUAAAGCCUAAUUUUUAAAGCGUCGUACAUCAGACACCUGAUACCAGAAUGUGUCAACGGUUGUAAUUGAGCAAAAAGCUAAUAAAUCAAGAUUAACGUAA